AUGGAGGUAGAUGGGUCCUUUAGGGCUGUUCGAAGAUCCUGUGAGACGUUUUGUGCGGCUGCGAGAGGAGGCUCGAUACUUCUCCAGGAUGCCUCCUCCGAGGCGGAUACCUCUGGCAAAGGUCCCCCGAUACAAGCCGAUGAUGCUCAAGGAGAAGGCGUGCCGCAGGUCUCGCUUCUUGCCCUCGAGAAACGCUUAGACUUCUUCCUCUCGGCGACUGCUGUUAAGCGGCAACUCGCAAAGCCCCUGAAGUAG